AUGGCUGCUCGCACUAGCUUCCACAAACCUACCACACACGACUGGUCACAGAUCCUGCCGCAGCAUGUGACGGCUGAGGCACGCGCCGCCCUGCAGGCACAGAGUCACCGAACCGUUUCUGCCGUAGUUCCUGGCAAGAUGUUCAUGCGCCACUGGAUCGUGGCGGAGCAGUCUACCGUGUCGGUCGUGAAUCGCGUCAUCUCAGGCAUGAUCGCGGUCUUCACUAUGAUUUGGGCGGCAGGAUAUGCCACGCUGGGCUACAAUGGUCACAACUCUGCACACACAGCAGGGUGGUUUUUCAUCGCCUACUGGCUCGUACUGCACACCCACAUGAUGUGGCUCGCCCCAACGAUGCUUGGUCUUGCCCUCCUGCAGCUCGCGCUGAACUGA